AUGAAGGCGAAGGGACAUCUUCAGAAUCACGCGACAAAGAAGCAUACUGAAGAUACUAGGAGAAGAGAACAUCUUCAUAAAAAGAAUAAAGAACAAGACAACAUCUUAUACCCUGCCACGCAGAAAGGGCAUCUUCAUACAGGAAAUCACACACCGAGGGACAUCUUCAGAAUUCCCCGAGGAAGGUACAUCAACGUAAAAUAA